UACACCAAGCUUCGUUCUCUACUACUACAUUAAAUAUCUAGUGUUAAUUUGUUUGAUAAAAAAGAGUUAGCAAAUAUGUUUGGCAUCUUAAACAACAAGGGCCAAAAAAUCAAGGGAACUGUGGUGUUGAUGCCCAAAAAUGUUUUGGACUUCAAUGCCAUAACUUCCGUCGGUAAAGGCGGUGUUAUUAACACCGCCGGAAAUAUCAUCGGAGGUGUCACCGGCAUUGUUGGCGGAGUUGUUGACACUGCCACUGCUUUCUUAGGCCGUAACGUCUCUAUGCAGUUGAUAAGUGCUACUAAGACUGAUGCAAAUGGAAAGGGUCUAGUUGGAAAAGAAACAUUUUUGAGCAAACAUCUACCACAGUUACCAACUUUGGGAGCAAGACAAGAUGCAUUCAGUGUUUUCUUUGAAUAUGAUGCUAAUUUUGGAAUACCUGGAGCAUUUUACAUAAGAAAUUAUACACAAGCUGAAUUCUUCCUUGUUAGUGUGACUCUUGAAGAUAUUCCUAACCGUGAAUCUGUUCAGUUUAUUUGUAACUCAUGGGUUUACAACUUCAAAAGUUACAAAAAAGAUCGCAUCUUCUUCACCAAUGAUACGUAUCUUCCAAGUCAAACACCAGCUCCAUUAAAUCAUUAUAGAGAAGAAGAGUUGCAGACUCUAAGAGGAGAUGGAACUGGAGAGCGCAAAGAAGCGGAUAGAGUUUAUGAUUAUGAUAUUUAUAAUGAUUUGGGAAAUCCAGAUGGUGGUGACGCACUUGUCCGUCCUGUCCUUGGGGGAUCAAGCACCUAUCCCUACCCUCGCAGGGUUAGAAGUGGUAGAAAACCAACCAGAAAAGAUCCUAAGAGUGAGAAACCGGGUGUGAUUUAUGUUCCAAGAGAUGAAAAUUUUGGUCACUUGAAGUCAUCAGACUUCCUUAUGUAUGGAAUAAAAUCACUGUCUCAAAAUGUCAUACCAUUGUUUAAAUCUGUGAUUUUUGACCUCAAUUUCACACCAAAUGAGUUCGAUAGCUUCGAUGAAGUACGUGGACUUUUCGAAGGUGGGAUUAAGCUUCCUACAGAUAUACUUAGUCAAAUUAGUCCCUUACCGGCCCUUAAGGAAAUCUUUCGCACUGACGGUGAACAAGUCCUCAAGUUUCCACCUCCUCAUGUAAUCAAAGUUAGCAAGUCUGCAUGGAUGACAGAUGAAGAAUUUGGAAGAGAGAUGGUUGCUGGUGUAAAUCCUAAUGUGAUUCGCCUUCUUCAAGAGUUUCCACCAAAAAGCACACUAGAUACCACUGUCUAUGGUGAUCAAAACAGUACAAUAACAAAAGAACACUUAGCGACUAACCUUGGUGAUAUCACAGUUGAAGAGGCACUCAAUGGAAAGAAAUUAUUCCUCUUAGAUUACCAUGAUGCAUUCAUGCCAUAUUUGGAGAGGAUAAACAUAAAUGCAAAGGCUUAUGCCACAAGAACAAUCUUGUUCUUGAAAGAUGAUGGGACUUUGAAGCCAAUAGCAAUUGAAUUAAGUUUGCCACACUCAAAUGGGGUCCAAUAUGGUUCUGAAAGCAAAGUAUUCUUGCCUGCUGACGAAGGCGUUGAAAGUACAAUUUGGCUAUUGGCAAAGGCUCAUGUCAUUGUAAAUGAUUCAUGCUAUCAUCAACUCAUCAGCCAUUGGUUGAAUACUCAUGCAGUUGUUGAACCAUUCAUCAUAGCAACAAAUAGGCAUCUAAGUGUUCUUCACCCAAUUAAUAAACUUUUAUUUCCUCAUUUCCGUGACACAAUAAAUAUCAAUGGACUUGCUCGACAAUCUCUAAUCAAUGCUGGUGGCAUUAUAGAGCAAACAUUUUUGCCAGGACCAAAUUCAGUCGAGAUUUCUUCAAUAGUUUACAGGGAUUGGGUUUUCACCGACCAAGCAUUACCGGCUGAUCUUAUCAAGAGAGGACUAGCUGUUGAGGACCCGUCUUCCCCCCAUGGACUUCGUCUUGCGUUAGAAGACUACCCUUAUGCUGUUGAUGGACUAGAAAUAUGGGAUGCUAUUAAGGCAUGGGUUCAAGACUAUGUCUCCUUAUAUUAUCCAACAGAUGAAGUAGUGCAAAAGGACACUGAACUACAAACUUGGUGGAAGGAAGCUGUAGAAAAGGGUCAUGGUGACUUGAAAGACAAGCCAUGGUGGCCUAAGAUGCAAACUGUUGGAGACUUGGUUCAAUCUUGCUCCAUUAUCAUAUGGACUGCUUCAGCUCUUCAUGCAGCAGUUAACUUUGGACAGUAUCCUUAUGGAGGAUAUAUCCUGAACCGUCCAACUCUUAGUAGAAGAUUUAUUCCGGAGCAAGGAACUCCGGAGUAUGAUGAGAUGGUGAAAAGUCCUCAAAAGGCGUAUUUGAGAACUAUUACACCAAAGUUUCAGACCCUCAUUGAUCUUUCUGUGAUUGAGAUAUUGUCAAGACAUGCUUCUGAUGAGGUGUAUCUCGGAGAGAGGAAUGACAAGUUUUGGACAUCUGAUACAAGGGCAGUUCAAGCCUUCCAAAAGUUUGGAAGCAAACUAUCUGAAAUUGAAGGGAAAAUCCACGGGAGGAACAAAGAUUCUAGUUUGAAAAACCGCACUGGACCAGUUGAAUUGCCCUACACUUUGCUCCUUCGUUCAAGUGAAGAAGGUUUAACUUUUAGAGGAAUUCCCAACAGUAUCUCUAUUUAGAAAGAAAAAAAAAGUCUGUGUGGAUUAUUUCUUAUCUAUUGUGCAUUUUCGCUUUCCAAUAACAUCGAUGUACAUCGAUGUGAAUAUGAUGAUUGUCUAUUUAUAAUUGUUGUUUCUAUGUGUGUACUACUAUUGUAUUUGGGUGUUUUCAUUCGAAUAUAAUAAUGUGUUUGUUGAUAGGGAUAAAUAUCUCUUCAACACACAUAAACUUGAUGAUUGAUCUAGGACAUUAAA